CCGCGCCCGCUGGGUCUGUCCGGCACCGGAGCGGCGGCAGCGGUGCCCGGCGGGGCGGGGCGGAGCUCGGAGGCGGCUCCGGCCCAGGGUGUAAAGCUGUUCCCGAGGCGAUCUCCGAGAGGCUUUGUCAGCACUCCUGAUGGGUCGGGAGGAAGGUGCUGUUUGUUCCGGGCAGAGAGUUGAGGGGAGUGAAUUCUGCUCUGUUCAUGAGCUUGAGAAGGCACCAAUGGAGAAUGGAACAGCAAUCGGCAAUGUACUGAAAAGGAACCUCAGAACAUUCCCUGGUGAAUGGUUCAGCUCCCAUGCUGUGCUCACGGCGGUGCUGAUUCUGCUGCUCCUGGUGCUGGUGCUGGCUUUGGGGGUGGCCUUGGCUGUGCAGUCAGCACCACAGGUUCCAGUCACACCUGCGACUCCACAGUUGGUUCUGGGCUGUCCCCAUGGCUGGGUUGGGUCCAAUGGGGUCUGCUACUACUUGUCAAGGGAUUACAGGAGCUGGGAGCAGGCUCAGGAACGGUGCUCCGAGCUCGGGGCCUCCCUGGCCAUUCUGAAGGAUGAGGCCAUGGAUUUGCUCUUCCGCCUCCGCGGGAACGUGGAUUACUGGAUCGGGCUGCGCAGGCGGGGCGAGCGCCUGCACUGGGGGGACGGCAGCAGCUACAGCUCCAGGGUUCCUGUGCUUGGCAAUUCCCAGUGUGUGUACCUGGCUGAUGAUAAAUUCAGGAGUGAGAUGUGCUCAAAUGAGCGGCCGUAUGUCUGCAGCAAGGCCCAGGCUGCCCUGUGACAGGGCUGCAGAAAGGACCUUGUCCACUCUGGGCAGUGCCAGCUCCAGCUGUGAGCCCAGCACAGCGCUGUCCUUCCUCAGCUGCACCCUGUGCCUUGCACUGACUCUCAGGGUCACCUCAGUGCCUGUUCAUCCCCAGUGCCAGCGCUGGCCUGGGUGUUCAGGGGAAAAGUCUCUGCACUACAUCCUGCCACUGAUGCUGCCUGCAGUGACUGGAUUGUCCUUUUUGAAACAUGGCUGAGUAUUUAAGAUUUUUUUAGAAGUUUGUUAAGGGAUAAAAUCCUGUGCUGAGGUGCUUGGCUAUUUGCAUAUCGUUUACUUAAACUAUGUUCUUAUUGUACUGUUAUGUUAUCGGCCUAUAUGCAUAUUCUUGAGUUUGUGCGUACUGAAAUAUUUGUUUGAGUUUAGAGGUUUGUUUGCUUGCUUUUAACCUUUGGCUUGUCUUCAUGCUUCCUAGUAGAUUAAGCUAAUGUAUGUUUUUCUUGUGGUUCUUCCUUCUUGUAUUUUCACUCUCCGGAACUGCAGCCGUGGGGAAAGUGCCCGCGGCCGAGCGGGGCCGGGCCGGGUUUGUGUCUGCUCGUGGGGCUGGGUCAUGCUUGGCUGUGCUGUCUUGUAGUUUCUUACACUAAUAAACGAUUGUUUCUUAUUUUCUCA